AUGGCCACCGAGAAACAGGCCAAGGUCCCGCUCUCCUCCAUCCUUCCACCGCUCAUCUUCGGCACCGCAACUUUCAACUACCAAUACAACCCCGACCCUUACGAACUCGACACGACUGGCUUAGUCCACCAGGCGCUCGAGCACGGCGUACGCGCCUUCGACACCUCACCCUACUACGGUCCAUCUGAGACGAUUCUGGGCGAAGCGCUCGAUACCGAUUUCGUGCGGUCCAACUUCCCUCGCAGCGACUUCUUCCUCUUGACUAAGUGCGGGCGGAUUGCGGCGGACGAGUCCGACUUCUCGGCGGAGUGGGUAUAUCAGAGUAUACAGCGCAGUCUGCAGAGACUAAAGACCACCUACCUGGACUUGGUGUACUGCCAUGACGUGGAAUUUGUCUCGGAAGAUGAGGUUAUGGAGGGGAUUCGCGAGUUGCGCAGGAUAAGAGAUGAGGGGGGCACGAUCAAGUAUAUUGGUAUUUCUGGAUAUCCACUGCCGGUGCUGUGUUCAAUCGCACAUCGGGUGCUGCGCGAGACUGGAGAGCCGCUGGAUGCGGUGAUGUCGUACGCGAACUUCACGCUCCAGAACGAGUUACUUGCGAGUACGGGCAUCAAGAAGUUGAAGGCAGCUGGCGUCGAUGUCGUGCCGAACGCGUCACCGCUGGGCAUGGGUCUGCUGCGACGGGAGGGUGUUCCGGUCGGCAGCAUGGGUAAUUGGCAUCCUUCUAGUAACGAGCUCAGAGCAGCAGUCAAGCGUGCGAGCGACUUCUGCGACCGACACGAUGAAAAGCUGGAAGUCAUUGCGAUACGCUAUGCUCUCGAGACGUGGCUCAAGGUCGGCGCAUCGGUGGGAUCUCAUGGCGACCCAGCUUCAGGUGUACCUUGGACUCGCGAGUCGAACAAGAUGAUUGGCGGUGCCAGACUCGGCGUGAGCGUUAUGGGCGUCAGCAAGCGAAAAGAACUCGAGAAGACAAUGAAGGUUUGGCGAAGUAUUCUUGAUGGCCUCGAAGGCGGCGCAGAGACUGCUCGGAAGGCAGGUCGAUGGAACCGCGACCAUGAGUGGAGUCUGAACCGGCAGAAAGCGGUUCAGAUCCUUGCUGAUGGCAUCCGAGAGCAUAUCGACGAGUACCUGGACUACACUUGGGACUCGCCAGACAAGGGUUUCGUCAGCAAGCGGUCAAAGUCAGCACAACAGCCGAAGGCCGUGGAACCGCCAUGGAUGACGCCGGCUGCAAGUCCUUCGCCAGUCGAGGAGGAGGUAUCUUAUCCAGGCAUCGCGCCUCUUCCGCUGCGGUGA